AUGGUAACCCUCCCGCGACGCCUUGAUGAGUCGGAUCAACUUGGUGAUUGCAGUCUUGGAGUCAACCUUGCCCUCCUCGCACUCGUCCAAGCCAGCAGUGUCGGUAAAGCUGAACUGGUAGCCACUGAUAACACCUUUUACAGUGUUGUGGUCAGUGGUAGUUCCAAUGGCGUCACUACUAGUGGAUUGGUUAUUAACAUAAUUGAAAGUGACUAUAAUAAGCAUAGAAUGAGUCUUGAUCGAAAUUACAAAUCUAAUUUAAGUGGUUUAUAUUUGAUUGACUGUGUGUGUUUUGAACGAUUCAUCAAAAUAAUCUAUUCAAUGUUGACAUCAACCAAUUUAAUUCCGGACCCAUCACUAUUUACAAACAAUGUACACAGACUAAAGCAUUCAAUCAUAUUAAUUGAUUAA